GUCGCCGCCGCCGCCACCUGCCUUCCCCACUCGCUCCAUCCCGCCGACCGGAGCUGAUGCCACCGCCGUCGCCGAAGCCUGGCUGAUGGAUGCCGGGGACUGCCGCACCCUUAGCGGUCCUGCCUCCGGGUUUCCUGGUAGGAAGCGGCUGCUCUCUGCUUUUUGCUUUGGGGUUUAGAGGAAUAGAGACAUUUUUAUUUCAUUCUCUGCAACUCCCUGCACCCACCCCCAUUUUUGACAUGCACGUUCCCAGAGAGAUAACCUCCCAUCAUCACCCUCAUCCCCACCCCCGCAGCAAGUCCUUGAAAUAAAGGGAUAGAGGAGCAGAAGCUGGGGGUGGGGUGGGGAGCCUAUGCUGGUGCCAGCUUUGCCAAACACCCUGCCGGCGCCCUAUGAGAUCACGGUGCAUCCAAGAGGGGUGGAGGGAACGUGCGCUAUCCGCAGAGUCUCCCCUAAUUGGAUCAGAAUCAUCUUAAGUAAUUUCACACAGAUACCUUUUAAAAAUAACAUCUUUUGAAUAAGCAGAAGGAGAAAUAAGCUCCUUUCCCUCCAUCUUUCUCUCUUUCUUUCUGGCAAAGAUGUUUUCUCCCGCCCUGGAUCUCAGCGUGGAAGAGACACCUUAUUAUUAAUCAGAAUUCCCAUCAUUAUCCUUGGCAGGCACAUCCUUCAGCAGGGACCGCAGCACAGUCACAGCGCUGGGAGAUGUGCGUGGGGCUUGUUUUUAUUACAUCUUGGAAGACAAGAGAAGAGGACAGUACCAAGAUCAGAAGCACCCUUGCUAGGUGGGACUAAGGCGGUUUCAUUUGGAAGGAAAGAGAGCACGAGGAAAAUAAAGAAGGUCAAGAGUCAGGCUUGCAGGGCCCUCCAGAGGUCCCAUUCUGUAAAGGAAAGAACUAAUGCGGGUGUGGUUUCCAAGGGGCUCUGGGUAGAACUUCAGAUCCUUCACAGUAAACCUGGGCGAAAGCUGGAGCAACAGGGUCCUUGAUUGGACACGAAGAGCAAUCAUUUCCUGUAACGGAAAGGAAGCAGGCAGCACUGGGGGCCAGGGUGUGGUGUGGAGGUGGCCAGGGCCUGGUUUGCUGUGGGACAGUCAAGGAGGGCUUGAGUACAGCAGAACAAUGACUCAUUUACAAGCUGGUCUCUCUCCUGAAACCCUGGAGAAAGCUCGCCUGGAACUCAAUGAGAAUCCGGACACGCUGCACCAGGACAUCCAGGAGGUGAGGGACAUGGUCAUCACUAGGCCGGACAUUGGCUUUCUGCGCACUGAUGAUGCUUUCAUUCUACGCUUCUUGCGGGCCCGUAAGUUUCAUCACUUUGAGGCCUUCCGCCUCUUGGCCCAAUACUUUGAGUACAGGCAGCAGAACCUGGAUAUGUUUAAGAGCUUCAAGGCCACUGACCCUGGCAUCAAGCAGGCACUGAAGGAUGGAUUUCCUGGUGGCUUGGCCAAUCUGGACCACUAUGGCAGGAAGAUUCUUGUCCUUUUUGCUGCCAACUGGGAUCAAAGCAGGUACACGUUGGUGGAUAUAUUGCGUGCCAUCUUACUUUCUUUAGAAGCCAUGAUUGAGGAUCCUGAACUUCAAGUAAAUGGGUUUGUUUUGAUCAUAGACUGGAGUAACUUUACCUUCAAGCAAGCCUCUAAGCUUACACCAAGCAUGCUGCGGCUUGCCAUUGAAGGCCUUCAGGAUAGCUUCCCAGCGCGAUUUGGAGGAAUUCAUUUUGUCAAUCAACCAUGGUAUAUUCAUGCUUUGUACACUGUGAUCCGGCCAUUCUUGAAGGAAAAGACUCGGAAAAGGAUAUUUUUGCAUGGUAACAAUCUGAACAGUCUACAUCAACUAAUUCAUCCUGACAUCCUGCCCUCUGAAUUUGGAGGAAUGCUACCCCCAUAUGAUAUGGGCACAUGGGCAAGAACCCUGCUUGACCACGAGUAUGAUGAUGACAGUGAAUACAAUGUGGACUCCUAUAGCAUGCAUAUGAAGGAAGUAGAAAAGGAACUCUCCCCGAAGUCCAUGAAGAGAUCCCAGUCAGUAGUGGAUCCCACAGUACUAAAGCACAUGGAUAAACACGAGGAAGAAAACAUGCAGCCUUUGCUGUCUCUGGACUAGUAACUUCCCAAGAUCUUCCCCUACCACACACAGAAUAAGAGAAGGUACUGGUUUUCAGCAGCAAGGACAGAACUUUGGAGGAAUUAUCUGCUUGAAGACUACUUAUUCUUGACAAUGUAGCAUAAUAUAUAAUAAGGCAUCAGGCCUUUGCCUGAACCAUGGAUGCCCUAGGUUGGAUUUUUCUAAAAAAAAAAGUCACUAAUUUAUUCUGUAAGUGCCAAGGUCUUUGUAAAUACAAUAUAAUCUUCAUGUCAAGUUUGUAAAUUUUGGUAGUUAUUUCAUUUGGGAAAGAUUGUCUUAAAGAUGGGAUGGGUGAUAUGAACAAGAAAAAGAAAAAAGCAAAAUAUCAAAGCUAACUCCAUGUAGCCCUAUUUCCUAUGAAGCCAUAUUUCUGCUAUCAUAGUGAAUUGUUUCAUUUUUUUCUCAGAAACGCUUGUCAGUAUUCAAACACACUUUAAAUGGGCACUGGAAAUUAAUAAUUCUAGGCAAUUGUUACACUUCAUGUAUUUAGUAACUUUCAUUUCAGAGAAAUUAUGUUCUAGAACUAUCACUGACUAUGCUCUGGAGACAAAGAAUGGUGGAUGAGCUGGUGAAUGAAGCACUUGAACUCUGUGUUGCUCAGUUCUCAGAGUCUUGCGAGAAGAUCUCUUUCCCUUUUUAGGGUGGGAAAUUCUGAAAAAGAAUGGAUUGUUUCUAUACUGCUGUCACCAUAUGCCCUUUACUCAGACUCCAUUGUAAUCUCUGAAGUACCUUAAGAAUGUUUUCCCCAUAAUUCUUUGGCCAAGGAAAAAGAACUCAUACAUGAAUAGUGUUUUGACAGCUAAUUUUGAAGAUGAAAUUUACCAGUAUUGGACUAAUUUUUAAUUAGUAUGCACUUGUUGUAAAAUACAUAUAUUCACAUGUAACAUAUAUUUUUACUGAGUUUUAAUUAUUGAUAUGACAGGCUUCAAAAAUAAAUCACAAGCAUUAACAGUCAUAGAGAUGAUAUAGAUAUUUGUAUGAGAUGCCAAUUCUGGGAAAUCACUUUCACUGAAGAUAAUGAGAAUGAGAAAUAGUGAAGCAUAUUAAUGUGACAAUUUAAGGGAAUUUCAAUAUAUCUUAGAAUAUGUUCUUGAAUAGGUUUCACCUUAGAAUUUCAAUAUAUCUUAGGAUGCAUUCUUGAAUAAGUAUCACCAUAGCAAAAUAUAUUUUUCUUCAAAGAAGAAAUGAGCCUCAACAUAAUCUAGGUACUAGCAAUGAAGAAUAAAAUAGUUUCCCUUAAAUACAAGUUAAUUGUCCUAGUGUUUCUAUGUGCCCAUAUUUUCUUUACAGAAAAAAUAAACUGAAGGAAAACAUGAUACAAUCAGAUAAACUAUGAAAGCAUUGGAGAGAAUUUAAUAUAACAUACAAUGAUUUGAUUCUAAACUUCAAAUCUGUAUAUGAAUUAAAACUUCAUUUUAUAAAAAUUUUGUAAUUACAGCAAAUGUUGAAAGUCUUAUUUUAACUUUCAAACUCCUAUGUAGAAAGGCAAGAUUUUUAUCAACCUUUCAGCAUGAUGAGUUCUGAAAUUGAGAAUUUACCAUUCUUUUGAAAGAAAUGUAAAUCCAAAAACUCUUGGAAAUUCACAGAAGUAAAGGCAGAUAACAGCCUUUACACACUCUUUAGCCACAAGGUUAAAAAAUUCUGCUUAUAAUCAUACAGCCAAAAGUAUUACAAUUGAAUCAGGAUACCAAUCUGUACCAUGCUCAUGUUUGUAAAAUAAAAAUUACCAGAAGUUUUGAGAGAUACUUUAAGAAAAGUAGGACCUCCAUUCAGAUUCAGAAUGAACUGUUAGAAACUGUGCUCUCCCCAUCAUUGGCAUGGAGAUUGCAAUGAAUUGAAGAACCUUCCAUUGAUUCUGUCUACCUGGCAUGUAUUCUGUAGUCCUGAGCUAUAUACAAUACAAACAUGUGUCAGAUAGCAUAAUCUAUUGGGAUAUAACAGAAACAGUGUAAUUAUAGACAGGCAAUCAAGUGUUCAUUCUCAUGCAUUUCUAUUGAUGUGCAUCAUUCCUUGCCAAUGUUAAGAGUUUCACUAUCUUCAAAUGUUAGCUAGCAUUGCCUACUUCAUUCCCCUCUCAUAAUGUUUGUGUCACAUGUAAAAAUGACUAGCAUCUUUCUCAGUCUUUCCCAACCCCGUAUUUGGAAAUUUAACAUUGGCAUUGCCAAGUGUCUGUUCUUCAAAUGAGCAAUUGCAAGUUGGCUAUGAGGUAUAAAGUAUGUAAAAGUGAAUGAACAAAUCCCAACAAUGAUGCCCUUUGAAAUUGCUAUAUCUAGUUCGGUUUGUGAGUAAAUUCUUUUUCCGGCAGUGAUUUGGAAGCUGCUCACUCAAGGGUUGUUUACUCAGCUUUAUAGCUUUUCCCUUCAGCACCAUCUGACUAACACUAGUUAGACAUGGUUUCCCCUCAUGUUUAUGGUUAUGUAGUUUCAUACAGAAGCAGUGCUGUAUUCUUUUGCUUUAAUUGCUGCAGUAAUCCCCACAUAUAUGCACAUUAGAUAGUCCUACAAAUCUUUCUCUUUUAUUUGAGAUUUAUAUUCUGCCUUUUAAUUUCUUUAUUACUUAAAAUCUGUGGUCUUCAUUGAUUGGGAGUAGUCAAAUAAUACUUUUACUUCUUUAAAAAAAAUGUGCUGGGGAUCCAAUCUAGGGUCUUAAGAAGCUCAGAUAGGCACUUAUCAUUUAACUACUUGUCAGCCUCCUUUUGACUUUUCACUCUGUUCAACCUUGUAUUUCAUAUCUCUUUCUUUAUUUCUUUUUGUUUUGCUGUUUCAGAGGCAUACAUUUCCAAAGCUAAAAAGUAAAAUAAAAAAAAAUUUGAAUUGCUUUCUUAUCAUUUUCUGAGGUUUGCACCCACAUAUGACUGCUACUUAAUAGAAAGUGAUUAUGAAAAUAUAUUCUAAGAAAUAGGAAGUGCCUCAUUAAGCAUAGAAUAACAGAGAUAAAGGUAUACAAAUUUUAUCUCCACCCUUUCAAAAAUCAUCAUGCAUAUCUAUAUUGAGAGGGUAAAAUACAGAUAUUAUUCAAAAAACAUAACUGAGGGAUUGGUUUGAAUACUUUCAUACAAUAUUAAGUCUACUAUGUAAAUUAAAAAUGAUAACUUUAAUCCAUACUUCAAAACAUAGCGCUAUGUUAAAACAAUGUUGACAUUUUAAAUGGAUUUUUUUCAAGCAAGUUAUUGAAGUGGGUAUACGUGAUUGUUUUUUUCAAGAUAGGGUCUCAUUCUAGGUCAGGCUGACCUGGAAUUCACUAUGUAGUCUCAGGGUGGCCUUGAACGCAUGGCAAUCCUCCUCCCUCUGCCUCCCGAGUGCUGGGAUUAAAGGUGUGCACCACCAUGCCCAGCCAUGAAUUCUUUUAAUUCAGUAGUAGUUUUCAUAAGUGUAGACAGAAGUACUCCAUAAGUCCAUUCAUAUAAAAUGCUUGUUAACUUUAAGAUACUAAAACUCACAUAUUCACAAAUAGAAAAUGCAAGUAAGAGUUUUUCUUUGAUAUUAUCAAUUGGAUCACAUUAUUAAGUAAAAUGUUUAUGGUUUUUGUAAUAUUCCCAAGGGAAUAGAAGGCUCUCUACAGCACCAAGAAAAUGAAGAAUUGUUUUAGGCUUCAAGGAAAGUGUAACUCCUCUCAGUAAGAAACCUUUACAGCUAAAGCAGUAUCUUCUAAUAUGUGCUCUUUCUGCUUCUAUACACAAGUGCAGACUUAGGCUUAUGCCUGUGGUCCUUCAGUGAAGGUACACCAAGGAAAACUGCUAAAAGGCUGCAUAGUCUUGUCUUGUUUUAUUUAAAAGUCUGCCUUGUUUUGUUGGUUAAUCAUGUCUCCUUGCUUCUUUUGCUGAAUAAAUAUUAAUGACAACUUGAAAAGUGACCAUCAACCAUGGAGACAUUCCAGACAGACUCUCAAAAUGCAAAGUAAAAUGAAUACAGUCCUGAUAUGAUAAUUCAACUUUACAUGUUUGUAAAUAGGCUCAUAGUAAAAUAUUCCAUUUUAGAAUUGCUGUAUGCAUGUGUAGCCUAAAACAUGAUUGUACAAUGUAAAUCUGUGCAAGUAUAUUGAACAAAAUAAGACUGGCUCAAUAUGCAGGAUUUGUACCAUCUUCAGUCAUGGGAAAUAUUUGCCUGUUUUGUUACAUUAGAAGAAACAGCUACUCAUAUGUGUUCAGAAUGAUCAGUCAUUAUUUCCUACUUCAAAUGGGAAAAAUAAAUAGAAAUGCAAGGCUUGACUUUGUAGCCUUCUCACAGCUUUCAUAGCCUGCAGAAUAUUUUUACGAAUUCAAAAUUUUUUUUUAUGAACAUCUGGAGGCUAGUCCCACAAAUAAAAGUAAUCCUAUGAGAGGCAUCACUUAGUAACUAUGAGAAUCAAUUCCCACAGGUUCUAGGAAGAAAUUUGAAAAUUGAAACUGUGUUUGAAGCACUAAAACUGGACUUCCAAUUCAAAGUAGCCUGUACAUCUAAUUGUUGAAGUAAAAUUAAUAAGUACCUUUAAUAAGAAACCUUUCAUACUAAUUCAAAACGAUAACAGUAUUUGACUUAAUUUCAAGUCCCAAUGACAAUUUUUCAUCCUUAAAGUUAUCAGAUAAAUACAUUAACUUAGUCAAAAUAUUUUUGGCUAAUGAAAUAGAUCUGGAUAAAAAUCAACCAAAUAUUAACAAAACUUUUGAGUAUGAGCCAAUACCAAGCUAUUUGAAAAAUUCCAGUGAGCUAACAUGAAUUUACAUAUUACAGAUUCAAAUUAUUGUCUUAUUUCUAAUUUAGUGUUUUCAGGUUUUGUGUUUCAUUAAAAAUCACAUGAGAAAAUUACAAAAAAUUCAAUAUUUUUGUCUUAAAAAUAUCUGUUAUGGGCUGGAGAAAUUACUUAGUGGUUAAGGUACUUGCCUGCAAAGCCUAAGAAUCCAAGUUUGAGUG